UCGCUCUAUCUCACUUGAUCUUGUGUUUUUGUUCGCUUUCUUUGUCACGAACAAAUUUGAUUGGAGGGUUUCUCGUGAGCUCUCCUCAGCUCUCCUGGUGUACCUCUACAUUAAAAUUGAUAGAAUUCAAUUCUAAAAGAUUGUAAUAGAGAAUUACUAUUUAGAUAUCUAUGUUUUUAUACAUAAUACUUACCCCCUUGUCACGUUUUUGUUUAUGACAAUAAUAAUACAGAAAAAUGGUUUAUACGGAAAAACACAAAAUACUUUUACAAAUAAUCAUUCACGAAGGUCUUCUGGAUGAAAAUAAGAUAAAAGAUUUGGUUAUUAAAUUAUUUAACGAUGAUAAAAUAUCAUUGGUAAUAAAUCAUAUAAAUGAGCAGUUACAACCUUUAAAUAUGUUAAUCAAGAAAGCACAGUGUGAAAUUACAGGUCAAGUAUAUUGGGUUUUAAUAAGUACUGUGCUUGAUGAAGUAACCAGAUUUCAAAAUGAAUUUUCAAAAGGACAGUUAGCCUUAUUAAGAAACAUAUUUUCUGAAAUCAUAACAUCAAGUAAUGGAUUCGCUCAAAGUACAUCAUGUCUUAAUUUGUGUUCUUUGCCAGAUGUUAAGUUAUCAAAAGCAAUGGGUGAAGAAUUUUUGAACGAUGCAGUUAAUAGAAAAUGGUUAGCUUAUAAGAAUGGUAAUUAUUACAUGGGCAUAAGAAGUAUAACAGAAUUAAUGCCAUAUUUUCGAGCUACUUAUGAGGGUAAUAUAAGUACUUGUUGCCUUUGUAAGCAAGUUAUCUUUUAUAGCAAGAGGUGCGACCACUGUCAAAGUUUAUUACACUUACAUUGCUUAAAACAAUAUGCUACAGUUCACAACCCUGUGACAUGUCCCACUUGUGGUUCAGUUUUUCUUAAUGUUAAUUUAUCUGGUAAUAUUUUAUUUCUUUGCCAUGAACUUACAUGUUGCGUUGUUACAAUUAAUUUCUGGUAAAAUCAUCUUGUACAGGUAGUGUAGAUGAUUAUGCAGCACUGAUGGAUGAAGAUACAGAAGAUUAACAGACAUCUAUUAAAAUGGUCUUGAGGCUCAGGAGUCAUUAACGUAUCAAUAUUUUUUAUGUAAAAUGUAUUAAAGAGGAUCUGUAGUA